ACCCCCUAAUUCCCAACCCCCUCGGCUCCUCCCGUCUCGUCUCCCGUUCGCGUCCGCGCCCGGCGCCUCCGCAGUCCGCCGCCCGCCGGCCAGGUCGGAGCUCCGCGCGGCGCCCCUGCCCUCAAGCCCACGCAGCUCCCGCUCGGAACUGCGCGGACCCGCUCGCGGCUCGCGCUCUCGUAGGAUGGACGAGGAUUCGGUCGGCGAGGAGAUGAGAGGCGCUGGCCACGGGCGUCGGCGUGGCCGGAGAGAAGCUGAAGGAGAGCGAGAGGGAGGAGCAGGCCGAGGUCGAGGCCGAGGGGCAGGCGCCCCCAACACCAACAUUCAUCCUCUUCUGCAAUUAGAAAGAAAAAAAAAUGUAACAAGAGCUAGGAAAGAGGAUGGCGAAGAACUUUGAUGAAGGGAAUGGGAGGCCCUGGAAGAAUGCCAACCAGGAAGAAACAUACAAAAAGAAAGUCUUCGAAGGAAUACAACAGGGGGUGCAGAGGAAACCCAAACUGAACCGUAUUGUCACUAGGCAAAUCAAAAGCAUCAACAAGACUUUAACAAGUGUCUCUGAGAAGACGCCAGUGCGCGAGGACUCACCUUCUGAGACUUAUGGGCAUUCCAGUGGUAGCUCAGCCAGGGAGAAGAACAUCCGCACCGACAAUGGCUCCCUGAUUGCCAGUGACUCACUCAGGACGCCUGUACGGAAGACCCCAUCUCCUCCUGAUAAUUGCGUUGCAGAUUCAAGUGGUAGCACGGCCACAAACAAGAGUAUCACCCCGACUCUGACUGACCUUGAAAAUUCAGUCCAUUAUGACUGCAGGCUCGACAAGGUCUUAAGAGUGGCAAUAGACUAUGCUCUGCCUGAGGAGCUUCGUUAAGUGAACGAAAGAACAAAUGUGUGACCACCUGGGUGGUUUCGGUUCAUAUACCUGUAUGCAUAUAUAGGAUGCUGCUUUGGAUUCAGUUGUCGGAUCCGUUCGUGCGGAUAGACUGCCAAUAUAUACUGCAUAUCUCGGUUAUUUUUACUAUAUAGUUCUGUAGCUGCCAACCGUAGAUACCUUCUGUUGGAGUGGAUAUGCUCGAGUGUUCCUUAUGUUACACGGAGCACAUAUUCAAGUGGAGGAAGCUUAAUAUUCUGCACAUUCCUUGUUACUAAAUGUAAAUUUCUUGUUCAAAGCAUAAUAGUCCCUUUGGUAUA